CUUAUUCUAUUCUCCAUUUUUUUUUCAACUAAAUGGUUAAACCCGGAUCUAUUUAAGACACAGAUCUAACUUCCGGAUGGAGGUACAGCUCAUGGAUAGACCAUUUCAUGAGCAUUCAAAUGAGCCAAAAGCAAUAAUCUCUAUAUUUUCAAGGAUAACUAUUUACCAAGUCUCCAUAUACAUUCACAAGUCAUUUCCUCGAUUCACAAUCUCCAUAUACAUUCACAAAUCGAUAUGGUAUUGAACCAUUUUUUCAAUCUUUAAACCAAACAUCAAUAAAGUCAUCAAAUUCUGAAUUGACCAAACAAAAUCCUAACUCUACGUUGCCUCCAUUAGAAUAGAAAGAAAUCUAUUUAUAAAAAUAUAUAUAAACAGUAAAAAUAAAAAACUUGAAAAAGAUAAUUUUGCGUCUAUUUUUUUGUGUAAAAAAGUUCAGCGCUCUCCACCAUCUUCUCAACCAAGAAUUUGUCUGAAACCUAAUUUCAAGUCUCUCUAGAUCUCGCCCUCUUUCCAAUUCUCUGUUAAAAGAAACAUUAAAAUCAAUGCGAUGAAGGGCUUGGCACAUCCACAGAGUUGCAGCAUCUGAAUUUCUAACGGAAAAUCAUUCCUCCCGAGAUGAGCACGUCCGUUAAAGGCUUUCUCAAAGGCCUUCGCCACAUUACUCAGAUUUUCGAUGAAGGUAAAGACCAUGAUAUCCAGAUCGGGUUUCCCACCGAUGUAAAGCAUGUCGCCCACAUAGGAUCCGAUGGUCCCGCAUCAAAUGCACCAAGCUGGAUGAAUGACUUCAACCCUCAAGGAAAUGAGAAUGGCCAAGUAGUUUCUCGGAGGGAUGCCAACAACAAUCCAAUAGGAGAAGGAGUUGGAUUACAAGAGUUGUUGCCUCCACCUGAUAAACCAAAGCACAAGAAGACAAGGCGUAAGUCCGAGUCACAAAACGGUUCUCCUCCUAGGCGAAACAGCAACGUGUUACCAUCGGAAAUGGUACCAAGACCCUCGAGACGUCACCACAGGAGUAGGCACGCGUCGUUGGAUUCGUCGAAUGAUCCAUCGCUCAGGAGGAGGCGUGUUGUUGUCUCGGUUAACGACGAGGAAGGUUCUAAUCAACUUUCAGACAGUUCUUCUGCUUCCCAUAGAAAGUCUUCGUCGCGUCAUAGGAAGGUGAAAGGAUCAGGAGGAGGAGAGGUGUCCAUGAAGAAGACCAAAGCUAAACAGGAGAAAUCAACUGUUCAAUCAGACGGUACAUGUAAUGAUAAUAAUACUGGCGACAAAGACUAAAACUGAUUUUGGUCGGUCACAUGUGGCUGUGACUAUUUUCGUAUUUCUUGACUGUUCCUUAGAGAAAAAAAAAACUUAUUUGUUUCACAAUGACAAUGGUUCACCACCAGAGGGGGGUGAUGAUAUCGUAGGAGAUAUUCUAGUUAUUACAAUUCUGGUCGAAAGAGUACUGGUCACUGAAUGAUUCUAUACUGAAGAAAGAUCAAAGCUGCUUCUGAAUUUUCUUAGUAGUUUGGCGCUGUUAGAGAUGGACUAAUCAACAUUAUGGACAUACAAGUUGUAGCAUAUUCAACUAUUGAGGAAGAAAUUAUAUGAUAUAAUAAAUCCAUAAAGACUAGUGAAUCGAAUAAGACAAAACAAAAUGGUGAUGUAUAUAUCAACAACCUCGCUUCUAUUACACUCCUUCACCAGAUUGAUUCACCGUUUCACAAUUAUCUAAACAAUAUUAUAAGAUUCCUUCCUAGGAACUUAAACAUAACAACAAGAACUUUGCAAUUUUGACUAAAAAGAUGUCGGGAUCCACUAUUUAGUGGAAACCCUCCAAAAAUAAGCGUAUGCCACUUAAGCAUGGAGAGCACACGGUAUUCUUUAGUAAAAGGCGAAAGAAUAGUUCGCUUUGUGCUCACCACAUGGCUGC